AUUCGUUGUAAAUAUUAUUGUCUAAUUUAUAUAUUUAUUAACAAUGCCACCAAGUAGACUAGAUUCUGUGUACCGCAGAAUAUUAUUCACUAAGUUUUUUACAAAAGGUUGGGGCAACCCUGAGAGUUUGAGAAGAAUAUUUGAAUUUAGAAAAGUUGUUGCUAAUCGUGAGGCAUGUUACAAUUUAAUUCCUCCAGAUUACCCAAUUACAAUCACCAAGGAUGAAGAAUGGUCGGAUUGUCAUAUCAUUGAAGGGAACUUUGAAUCACCAUUUGAACAGCAUUUACCGAAUAUUAUGCCUGAAGAAACGAAAACGUCGUAUUUCCAACUCAUACUACCUCUGAAAUGGACCUCACAUAAAAUAACUCCAGUUUGUCUCCAUUUAGCUGGAACUGGAGAUCAUUUUUUUUGGAGAAGACGAAACCUAAUUGCUAAGCCACUUUUAAAAGAAUCAGGAAUUGGAUCUUUGCUGCUGGAAAAUCCAUUUUAUGGCUUAAGAAAACCUAAAAAUCAAAUACGAUCCAAUUUGCUAAAUGUCUCGGAUAUUUUUAUUAUGGGAGGCUGCUUAAUAAUGGAGUGCAUUGUGUUGCUUAACUGGUGUGAAAAAAAUAAACUGGGACCACUUGGUUUAACAGGACUCUCUAUGGGAGGGCAUAUGGCUUCACUUGCAGCAACCAAUUGGCCAAAACCAAUUCCAUUGAUUCCCUGCUUGUCUUGGUCAACAGCUUCUCCAGUUUUUACUCAAGGCGUUAUGUCUAAUUCGAUAAAUUGGUCUCUGUUACAGUCCCAAUAUUUUUCUGAUACAAUUUAUCAAAAUGAUUUAGCUAAAAUGGUUAAAGUUAUUGAUCAAGACGAUGCUUUUUUGGCGGGUCAACAUUUUGCCCAACAUUUUCCUGCGAGUAUAAAACGAAUGCGUGAAUUAACUGACGAUCUUAAAAAAUUAUCGGAUAAAAAUGAGGAUAAUAAUAUUAUUAAGCGAGCAAGUUUCGAUGUAACAGAUCAAUCAGCAGCUGAAGAAAAAGCUGCUGCUAAAAUGUUUCCUCUCAAUCUUAUAUCAAAUCAAUUUAAACCAUCUGAGCCAGAAUCAUUAGAUGCCGUUUGUAUGCUCCCUAGUGAAAAAAAUAAUGGGAUUGAUAACAAACACCGCGAGCAGGAAGCGUUACAAUUUAUGCGCGGGAUUAUGGACGAAUGUACACAUUUACGUAAUUUUGAAGUACCUGUCGAUACCGAAUUAAUAAUAGCCGUUUGUGCUAGAGACGAUGCUUAUGUUCCUCGUGAUAACUGUAUGAGCUUAGAAAAAAUUUGGCCUGGUGCUGAGGUGCGUUUUAUUGACGCUGGCCAUGUUAGCGCUUAUUUACUUCACCAGAAACUUUUUAGGUCAACAAUAGCAGAAUCAUUUGAAAGAUAUAAGAAAAAGUAUUUAAAAAAUAGUUGACGAUAUAUUUUUAUUAAAUUUCGACGACGACUAAUAAAUAUUUUAUUGCACGAUAAUUAAUCAUACGGAGUAGAGGUAACGUUUCUGGCCCAGUUUUGGACACUGGAAAUUUUAAAAAAAUAGAUAAUUUGUAAUGCGCGCGGUGACAAUUAAUUUUUUUGAGUCGUUCAGAGACAUUUUAAUUAGUGUUUUAUAAUGAAAAUUUUAUAUUAUACUUUUUCUUUUAUUGAAGUAAAAUAGUAAGUGUCCAAAAAUGGUGCAUUGGCCACAAAUGAUACUUCUGCUCUGUUUUAUGAUUAAUGAAAUUUUAAAGAAUUUAAAAUAAAUUGACAAUAUUAAAUUCCAUUGGAAUUGAAAGUAAAAUUAUAAAAAUAAUAAAUAAUCUUUGUAAGAAUGA